UUGUCCAUCUAAAGGAUUUUUGGAUGGACGGCUGAGAUCCCGACUUUGGAAAACCCUCCUCAGUAAAGGUCCACAAGUCGGUGGUGAGCCGGGCAUUGCGUGGAGGUCUUCUACACUAUUCUGAGACACCACUGACAGGUGACAGUCUUUUACUGUUACAUAAACCCAUACGUGAGUAAGUGAUGGGUGCGGCCUUCAAGAGGUUCUGUGCUCGUUUCUGCUGCUGCUGCUGCUGUGAGGAUGCUGAUGAGGAAGAGAAGAGACCCAUACUCGGGAAUGAGACGCUGGAGUAUUUCAACCGCGAAGCCCAAAAGAGGCGGGACCAGGAGACUAAUCUGUGGAGUGAGCCUGGGGACCCCUCCCACUCUGAGAGGGAUGACGACCGAACACUUUACAACCUGCUGCAGAAGAGAGAACAGACAAACAGAGGAUCACACAGAUUCCGUCGUCUGAGCGUGGACAUUGAAGCCAUGAGAGAGGUCAGGCGAGAGGUGCGGGACAAGUGGCAGAUGAUCUUGGAGAACCUGGGUUUCAUGGCUGAGGCGGAGGCCUUGCUGACGGUGUCAGCGGGAGCCUCGCUGGACCGCAUGAGGAACGCCCCGAAAUCCCGCGCUAUGCUGCAGACCCUCCACUCAGAGACCUCCAUCUUCUACAGCCGCAGCAAUGAGCCGCCGCCCGAGAGAUACCUCUUUAUAAUGGAUCGUUUGAUCUACCUGGAUGCGGCAGACGACUUUCUGGCGAAGGCCCGCAGAUUCUACCCUCCUAAAGGCAGCGAUGAUGAGGAAGAGGAGACUGGACUGGCCAUCAACCUGCCACUGCUGCUCGCCAGACUCGCCCAAGCCAGAGGCGAGGAGGAUGACGUGGAUGGAGAGGAGGGCAGCGGACAAGACGAGCCUGACUACAACGGCAGGGAUUGAACGAGAGCGGGAGGGAAGGAGGGAGGGAGGGGGAGAGAGGGGAUGUAAGGGGAGAUGAGGUGCAUGUUGGAGAGUUUAUGUGAGGUUGAUUGAGGGAGACAUUUCAAAUGAAGAGGUGGUGUAAUGGUUUUAAACUUUCAAAACCUGCGUUGUUGUUGUUGUAAUGCACCAGUGCAGUUCAUGACCUCUGAUAACAUGGUGAUAGAAUUCCCAAUUGUCAACAGUAUACAAAGAGUUUGCUUUAGUGAUGUAGUCCAUAAUUGUCAGGAUCUCUACUAGUUUUCAGCAGACUACAAUAUCAUGCAAUUAGAUCAUUCUAGACAUUUUGACCGGAUCUCAAAAUAAAACCAGCAAUUCCACCAAUAUUUCUUUGUUUGGAAAUUGGUACAGGCAGUAACAUUUUCUGUAUGUAAUUUGGUCAGACAACCACUACUUAUACACCCAUUUCAUUCGAUGCUUUCGAGCAAAUCGGUGACGUUGUGAGCGGAGUCUCCAGAGCGUGAGGCGGUGGCGUGGCAGAGAGGUGUGGGACUGAUUCCGAGCGCUCCACUGAAAUGCUUCAGGCCUCUGGUGUCCCUCCCCAGACACCAGGGCUGUCUCAUGAUCCCCAUACUGCUCUUCACUGUCUUUAAUGAAACAUUCAUGUGUCUUAGAGCAGAAAAACAAACAGCCUUGUCUGUGAUAGAGAGAGAGAGACAGAGAAGGACUGUGGAAGUGUGUGAUGAAAUGAUUA